CCUUGCUGACCCGCAGCGCCUUGCAGGGUUGUACCGCACCACCAUCCCGACCUCAUGCAUAUUGCCUUGAGUUUAUGCUGCCGCCAGGCCCAGUCAUUCCCUGCCACUGCCAGCCUUCUGUGUCGGCGAAGCACUGUCAUACCAGUCGUAUCCCAUCCCUGCUCCGCCUGAAACAAGACUUGCAGUUGUCCACGGUACCUGUUCAUUGUUGCUUUUGCUAUUUCGUUUUAGCAUGCCAUUCUCCCCCAUUGUGCAUCACCACUUUUUUUGUUUUCCCCUCCGCGCCAUGCUUUGCCGCCGGACUGUCUCUCUUUCGAGCACAUACUACGUCCAUGUCUCUGCGAAUCGGGCGGUGCGUCCACAUGGCCAGGCACCGGCGUCGACGAUACCUAGUCACUGAACACGGUUCCUAGCCGCUCGGCCGAUUCCGUCGGACGUGCUUGGAUUAACCUACCGUUAAGCGCCUCCUAAGCGUGCAUUGCCACAAUCUUGAUCUAUGACCGGCUCUUUCUCUUGCUGGCGCGGAGGCUCAUGCUGCCGACUUGUCGAUGGUACUACUGCAUCAUCGCCGUGGCAAUCAGGCCUGUGACCCUGCCCGACUUUUAUAAUGCGUUCGCGCCCACGUUGCUGAGGUGAAGUCAAGUCAGAUGCACA